UCCCACAACUUGAACGUUUCUAUAUGACGAGAUUUAAACUCUGUUGCAAAUAAGAGUUGAGUGGAAAAACCAACUGCGCUAAGGACCGCAGAACUUUAUAUAAAGUACUCUGUUUGAGUAUCUUGAAACGAUAGCUUUGAUAAGGAAACUCUAUAGUUUCUUCAAUUAUAUUAGAAACUCUUUGUUUCUGUCUGAUACAAUUUUCUGAAAGCUAUAAAAAUUAGAAAUGCUGCUGUAUGAAAUGUUAUUGUUCAAUCCAGUUGUGAUGGAAACGUGCCACAGUACUCGGAGACUAGUAUUCUUGUUUUGUUUAGCCAUUUUGACUGUUUUUACGUUGGCAAACGCGAAACGGAGUUACUACAAUGUUCUAGGUGUGGAUAAAAAUGCUUCAGAUAGAGAAAUCAAGCGAGCAUACCAUCAGUUGGCUAGAAAAUAUCACCCUGAUAAAAAUGGUGGUGAAAAGCAAGCAGAGUUGAAAUUCCGUGAAAUUGCGGAAGCGUAUGAAGUUUUGUCAGACCCUCAAAAGAGAGAAGUUUAUGACCUUUACGGUGAAGAGGGACUGCAACAAGGCACUAGUGAAGGUUUUCGUGCCCAAGGCUCCUCAACUCGUUUUUCAGAGCAAGCUUUUCAGGGUUUCCCCUUUGGUGACUUUUUCAUGAACGACUUUUUUGGAAAGGGGCCAAACGCUAGAAGUUUUAAGACAUCCAAGAAUAACAGAAAGUCUUCCAACUCAAGAGGUGGAAACAGAAAUUGUCGGACGACAAAAGUUUGUGUAAAUGGAAAGUGUCAGAUAACAACAGAAUGCUUCUAAAAGACAAUGUUGUAUGAGAGUUUUUAACAGUAAACACACACUUUAAGGAGUCUUAGUGGAAUGUUAUUAUACUUUUUUUACAGAAAUGAAAAGAAAACUUUCUGUAUGGGU